GUGUGAGCCUGCCUUUCGAAUAAGUACGAGCUGAGGACCACAGGGAGGCAGAGAGCAGGACUCCUUCCACUCACAGUCAGUAUGAAGUCGGCAGUUCAGUGUUUGUGCUUUUUGCAUUUCGCCCUGCUGAGUUUUGGACUGGACACGUACAUUUCACUCAGCAGAAGCAAAGCCUCUCACAGUCAUGCAGGGUAUAUAAACCAAGACAGAGUGAGAACACUGUUUACCAGGAGGGCACUGUAUGAACAGCAGAAGAACCACGAGACAAAAAAGUCCCGCGUUGUUCCUCAUCCUCCGCCUCAAAACGACACUUCUCGUCCCAGACUGGGGCUGCCGAAGCCCCCGGUGAAGCCGAAGCCCCCGGUGAUGCCCAGGUGCUCCCUGCUGGGGCAGAGCUGCGUGCCGCUGUCCGGCUGCUGCGACCCGUGCGCAACGUGCCACUGCCGCUUCUUCAACGCAAUCUGCUUCUGCCGCCGAGCGGAGCGCGCCAGGUCACGGUGUGGGAGCAAGAAAACAGCGAAGCGAAGGAAGGCGAGGAAAAAGUCAAAGACGCAACCCUGAACACGCACCUGGUCAGUGGAGGAAAAGAAAAGAAACAAGUGCCAGCCAAAAGCUUUGGACAUUUCAAAACAACGUCGGCACGUGGGAAUUCAGUUUUAUCCCUCUUGUAAGAGGCAGCUGCUUGGAUUAACUAACCGCCAUGAGUGAGAUUAAAAUCUCUAGAAGUAUUUACAGGGCAUUAUCAGUCAUGCAAGUGUUGUAUUGUUGAUACAACUUUUGUAUAAUAAGCAUGUUAUGUUUAGUGAUUACAUCAAUGUUCCAGUGAAAAGGACUCACGUCUUUUGUCGUGUAAGUUGACAGCUUUAUGUUAAUAAAGUGCUUUGGGUUUUUU